UCCCUCCUCGUCCCCCCCGUCCUCCCCCUUCCCUUGGCUUCCCGAGGAGCCCGGGACGCGCGGCGAGGCUGCGGCCGACUCGGGCUAGGGUGUGUGGAGUACGAGCGCCGCCUUCUUCUUCUAUCUUCCCGGGGCGCAGCGGAGAGCGGGAGCCGGAGCCGGGACGAGGGUCAACUCACUAUCCUGGAAAUCCAUUCUCCCCAAAAGAAGGGACAGAAAGAAAGACCACUUUGUAAGAAAGGUUUGUGUAUCCCAUGAACCAGCCAGCAGAAAAUCGAUUGGAGUGCAUCAGGACUCCAGAGCCAGAUAUAAGGCUCAGAAAAAGCCACCAACUUGAUGACACGAGGGGAGAUAAUAAUGAUACCCACCAAGGAAGUUUGGAGCCCAUGCUAGAAGCAUCUGUUUAUUCUUCCCAUCAUAAAAAAAGCUCUGAGGAACAUGAGUGCAAUGAUGGCAUUUCCCAAGAGGAUGAGGGAUUUAUGGGCAUGUCCCCUCUCUUACAAGCCCACCAUGCUAUGGAAAGAAUGGAAGAAUUUGUUUGUAAGGUUUGGGAAGGUCGAUGGAGAGUAAUCCCUCAUGAUGUGCUACCAGACUGGCUUAAGGAUAAUGACUUCCUUCUACAUGGACACCGGCCUCCUAUGCCUUCUUUCCGGGCCUGUUUUAAGAGCAUUUUCAGAAUACACACAGAGACAGGCAACAUUUGGACACAUCUCUUAGGUUGUGUAUUCUUCCUGUGCCUGGGGAUCUUUUAUAUGUUUCGCCCAAAUAUAUCCUUUGUGGCCCCUCUACAAGAGAAAGUCGUCUUUGGAUUAUUUUUCCUGGGAGCCAUUCUCUGCCUUUCAUUUUCAUGGCUCUUCCACACAGUUUACUGCCACUCAGAAGGGGUCUCCCGGCUCUUCUCUAAACUCGAUUACUCUGGCAUUGCUCUUCUGAUUAUGGGAAGUUUUGUUCCUUGGCUUUAUUAUUCUUUCUACUGUAAUCCUCAACCUUGCUUCAUCUACUUGAUUGUCAUCUGUGUGCUGGGCAUUGCAGCCAUCAUCGUCUCACAGUGGGACAUGUUUGCCACCCCUCAAUAUAGAGGGGUCAGAGCAGGCGUGUUUCUGGGCUUAGGCCUGAGUGGGAUCAUCCCGACCUUGCACUACGUCAUCUCAGAGGGUUUCCUCAAGGCUGCCACCAUAGGGCAGAUAGGCUGGCUGAUGCUCAUGGCCAGCCUUUACAUCACGGGAGCUGCCCUCUAUGCCGCCCGCAUCCCCGAACGCUUCUUUCCUGGCAAAUGUGACAUCUGGUUUCACUCUCAUCAGCUGUUUCACAUCUUUGUGGUUGCUGGUGCCUUCGUUCAUUUCCAUGGCGUUUCUAACCUUCAGGAGUUCCGGUUCAUGAUCGGUGGUGGCUGCACUGAAGAGGAUGCACUGUGAUACUGUCAGUAGCCAGGGAUGGUGACCCUGAAUUGGAGGCCCAGAUUCAGGCCUCCCUACUGGCCAUCGGUGCCAGUGCCAGAGGAGCCCCCACACUUGGACAGCCUCAUGGGCCUUGUGAUGUCCCAGGGGCUCCAUGGGACACAAGACUAAGAAGAGAAAAACAAAAAUAAAUCAUACCUCAAAGGAUCGAGUGCAUCAAUUUGGAGGAAAGGAGAAAUGGCCCACACCCUGACUUCCUUUUGGGUUUGGCAGUUGAUGAGGGCUCUUCAAGACCCUUGGAAGACUGGCUUCUGAUCUGUAUCAUAUUUAUUGUAGAAGAUGGGGCAGCAGUUUAGCUGAUGGUUCUUUUUUCUCUCUUGCUCUCUCCUUAAAGCAGUAAUACAAACCAAUUUAGGUGAACAUUUAUAUCCGAUUAAGGGGCGGGAGUGUGAUUUUAGAUGCUCUUUUGGGAGAACAAAGUAAUGUAAAUAAGAUUUCUAAUUUACUGUUUAAAUAAGAAUUUAUAUAAAUGUUUAAAACAUAAGGGCAGGGGAGGGAGGGAGAAAUUUUUGUAAAGAAUGAAACAUGCAAGUACCACACACUGUUUAAAUUUUGCACAAAGUGACCGAAGAAGGAAGGACGAAGUGGCAGCCCCAGAACAUGUGAUGUCUUGGUGCACCGAGGGCCUUCUAUAGGCCGCCAUGCUUGACCCUGGUGGAGCAGAGGUCACAGCCCCACCUUAAGGGUCUCCUGGUCCCUCCCGAGCCUGAGAGCCUUCGGUAUCCCAUCCUGAGAGAGAGGGAGAGGUGGAAGGAGGUAGCGCUGCUUCUCAGUGGAGAUGCACAUGAACGGCUUGACAAGAGCAUAUAAAGAAAGGUCUAGUUAUGGUGUCAUUGAAGAGACUGUCCUGUGGGCCAUUCGUGACCCUUUCUAAAGAGUGGAGCUACCUAGUCCUACCACAGAUGCUGAUAAAGAGGUGCUGGAGAUGGAGGAGGACUUGGGGGCCCAUUAGCACAGGGGCUUGUCUGGAUGCUUCUGAUGUUCUGUUGAACUCUGGUAGUUCUUACCAGAAUGGAGGUGUAUUGGUUUUUGCUGUGGAGCUCUGGGCCACCUUAACUUUUUUGUAUUAAAAAUCACUGCCCUACCUGCCCUACUUUUCUCAGAAAUAAAAAAAAAAGUUGCCUUCCCUGGCAUCCUAGCUCCCUGGCGUGAAGCCAGCCACUAGUGAUACUCUUAUGUGCGUGGGUCCUACCUGUGGUCACUUAGGUAGGCUGGGCUAGAGUGUUUCUCUGGUGUGCUGUCAGGGGAAGCCUGAUGGACACACUGCUCAGCUCUCCUGAGUACGAAAGCCAAGAGCGCCCACUCUGUUGUCAGUACUCACCGGACCCCACGUUGCAAGGGUAAUGCGCAGAGUUGAAAGUAGUUACUGCUCCUGCUAAGAAGUCUGGUAGAGCCUUUACGCCCAUGAGUUUGAAAUGGAAAGUGACUUCUAUUGUCCCAGGGCCACCUUGGUAGAGAGCGGGUGGGGAUAGAGUCUGUUUCAUAGAAUUCUGAUCUUGGCUUGAGGAACCAAGCAUUAGCAUCUUAGGCUACUGCCCUCCAAGACUUUAGGCAGUGGCAUUACGUCCCGGGGAUGGUGGGCAUCGGAAUGAAAGACCAAGGCUCCAAACAGGCCCACAAUCCUCAAAGGUCUUGUUUGGGAACGUAAGAAGGGUCUUCGGUUUAUUCAGUAGACUUUUCUUGGUUAUUUUCUUCCUUCCUUUCUCUUUCAAAUCUCCAGCUGCACUAGGAAGAAAGGAUCCAGUGUGGAACCUGGGAAGAACUUAGGGGUGUUUUGGUUUUGGAUAAGGUCACUGCCCUAGGUGGACCAGGCAGAAGAGUGGGUGACUGUGUGGGGCCAGACAGUGUUAAUCCCUUGCAAAAAACUGGCCACUGGAAGAAGACUCACCUAGUAUUAUGGGAACAACAGCACAUAUCAAAGCCAGACUUGCUCUCUGUUUAUGUACUUUGGGACCUGGUAUAAGAUGCCACUGUCUCAUAACAUCUACAUAAAUCUUUGGGUUUAGCUCUUGCUCACCCCAAAGCAGGAGGAAUCUGGUUCAUCAUAGCACAAACCCUUGGGGAAAAGAGAAACACCACCACUAGUGUGUAAUCCAAGAACCUCCCUCUCUGGGUGUGUAUGUGUGGGCACGUGAGUGCCCACGUGUGUCUCUGCAGCUCACUACCAACAGCCUCCAUGUGCACUUGACCUUAUGGUGCCAUGGAGAACUAUCCAGGUUGGCGCCUGAAUGCCUUACUCUCAGCAGUCUGAGGCUUGCUUGCUCUGCACACAUUUAAUUAUUUAAUUAAUUAUUAUUAUUAUUUUUUAUUUUGGCCCCAGGCUGGUUAGGACCUCUACACCUUCAUUCUUUCACUGUUAAAUAGUGGCCUUUUUCAGUAUUUUCCCUCUCCCCUUUAUAAAUUGCUGAAGCCACAAAGCACACUUGGGAAUCAAAGCAGGAGUUCUAGAAAGUCGUCUGUGUGAUGAUUCCAUUCACCGCGAGAUUUCCCUACUUGGCUGUUGUUUCAGUUUCUCUAAUAAAAGGAGCCAAAUAGAA